UACUUUGAAUUAGGCGCUAAAUUAAUUCAUGAAAAGGAAUCAUUUUCUCAACGAUGGCAUCAACGUGGUUGUACGGCACUGUGUUAUUGUACAUGUCCUUGUCAAUCGCAACAAAAUAAAGAAAUUGAUAAUAAAAUGCCGUAUACUGAUGAUGCUUAUGUGCUUAUUCGUAAUCAUCCUCUUUUUGUUGCCAGUGAACAACUCCAGUAUCCUGACCAUGUUCAGCAACCUUUUAAUACCUUUCUACGUGAUGCAUGGUAUAGACAAAAUAAAUAUUUCUUCUAUGGUAUACGGCUUGUGUCAUUUCUUUUGUAA